AUGCCCCAAAGUGGACUGGUGAAUUCAGCCUCACUUCACCAGGGCGAGGCUAAACGAGUGCCCGGCCUAGCACUUUCUGAGGAGGUUGAGAAUAAAAGCGAAGCGUUUUUGAGAAGCUUGAUUCGCGAGUUAUCGUUCGAUGAUAGCUUGAUGAGCGAAGGAGGCGAUGAACGACGUGGUUCUGGGGAUGAUUUUUUGGUGAGGCAGUGGAUGUUUGGCUCGAUUCUUGAUAGCGAUGGCGAUGGAAAUGAAAAUGUCAGUGAGACGAGCACAUUAUUACCUACAAGUCGCCGACCAUCAUCUCUCGCCCAUGUCGAAGACGGAGGCAGAAACCGAGACGAAGAGGGAGGAGAGCAAGGACAAGGACCACGACGACGACGACGAGAGAGUUCCCGGAGGAGGCUCCUAUGCGAGGAGAUGCUGAGGGUGGGCAUGUUGGUGGCGACGGUGGCGGUGGUGGGAUUGACGGUGGUGAGGGCGCUGAAGGGCAAGUUUUCGCCGGGGCUGCUUGCGGGAGGGGGUUUGAUGAUGGUGAUGUGCAUUUUGGUGAAUAAGAGGGAGUUGAGGGGGCAGUUGGCGGCAUACGAGUAUGAUGCUGGAUUUAGGCUUUAG